AUGGAGCUAGAGUCUCUUAAUCUGAAUGAGCCCGAGCGGAACUGCGAAGAUCAGACUCAGUCUCGCUCUUCAUACCGAGAAGGGACUCAGCUAUUCCACCCGCCCCCCCCCCCUUCCGGUGGACAGUGGCAAGGAUGCCUGGCUGUUUCUAUAGCGGCCGGCUUCAUCAUUGAGGGUCUCACCUGGGAUAUGUUUGUCCUUAGGCACUUGCCUUUAGGCUUUGCUUUUUCAUACUGCGUCUUCCAGGACUACUAUUCCACAGUCGACGUGUUCCGCGAUUCGGGGAACACCGCCGCCAUCGGCCUACGCAUCUCGCCAUUUUGCCUUAUAAAACUGUCUAACAAAGGUUUACGGAAUUUCUUACCUAUCGGCACGACUGGAUUUUGCAUGAUUUCUAGGUGUCUUCGAUUUCGUCAACUGGCCACCCCGGUGGGCUUCUUGAUUAUGUGCUUGGCUCUGGCGCUGAGCUCGUUCUCCAAAACUACGACUCAUCCCAUUCUCUCGCAAGGAGUGGCCUAUGACGAGGUGCUGGACUGGUGUAUUUGCUUGUCAUUCUUUUCAUGA